UACAAACGCUGGCGCAUGUGCGGAAUAACGGCAGACGUUUCAGCGAGAUCAAGACGUUGAAUUUUUUUUGUUUGACACGGAGAUAAAAUAUCAUUGUUGCGGAAAGAGGAAGUUUGGUUUAAAAUCACAUCAUGGCGUCGACAAGCGGCGGCGUCAAGAUGAAAAAGAGCAUCCGCUACUCACGGAUGAAACAACCGCCACUCAUUAAACAGUUAAAGGGAAUUUUAUCUGAAUACCCGGAUGGUGGUCAAAUACUUAAGGAGCUGAUUCAAAAUGCCGAGGAUGCAGGCGCCAGAGAAGUCAAGAUCCUGCACGACAACAGAAGAAUUAAUCAGACGCCGAGCGAGGACUCGAGCGAUGGAAGCGAGACAACUCCUCUGUACACAAAAUUUUUCAAGGGCCCAGCACUGUGUGUGUAUAAUGACGCUGUUUUCACCGAGAACGACUGGGAAGGUAUACAGAUGAUUUAUAGCAGUGUGAAGGAAGAAGAUCCACUCAAAGUUGGAAGGUUUGGACUCGGAUUCAAGUCGGUUUUCCACAUUACAGACUUCCCUUGUGUCAUCAGUGGCGACAGAGUACUCUUGAUUGACCCUCAACAACCUACAGAAAAGGUUAAUGCUACCCUUGACCUUUGUGCUUUAGAAGAUUAUAGUGAAGAAGGGCUAGAUGCAGAAGCGUUCUGGAAUGCCUUAGAAAACACGUUUGGCCUGUGUAAAAGUAUGCUGGGAGAAGAUGGUUUCCAAGGAACACUGUUUUGGUUCCCGCUUCGUGAAAAGACUUCCGAACUAUCAGAAACACUGUACAGUGAGACAAAGGUAAACACUUUAUUUGACUCCUUUAAACUGGAAGCUUCAAAUAUUUUACUUUUUCUUAAGAAUGUCGAACAAAUAUCAUUGCAUUUCCGAGACAACGAAACACCAAUAAAAGAAACACUUAAAACCGAAAUUGAAGACCAGGAUGGUACAGUAAGACACACACGAAGCGCGUUUAAAGGACAUAUAGAGGACGUAAAUUCAACCUCUGAAAGCGCUGAUGUACAUUCAACGUUACGAAUGGUUAUACAUACGUCAUUUAAAGAUACAAUUAAAAGUCAAGAAUGGCUGGUUGUAAACUACUUUAUACGAGAAAGUGCAUCUGAAGGCUUUAGACAUUUGAUACAUGACAGAAACCUCGGAUACAGCCCGUAUGUCGGAGUAGCGAGCCCGCUAAAUGGAAUGUCAGAAGAAUUUGAGGGACAUGUUUUUUGUUUUCUGCCAUUGCCGAGGGAAGGUGAAAGAUUGACAGGGUUACCAGUACAUGUGAAUGGGUUCUUCGCGCUUAGCCAAAAUAGACACCAUAUGAAGUGGGAGACCGAAGAACAGGAAGGAAAGCAAAUAGAUGACAAGUCUAUUUUGUGGAACAAAGCUCUAAUUGGAGAAGCCCUCCCAAAAGCAUAUGAAAUGUUAGUAUUAGAAGCUAUCAGAAUUGCAGAGAAGAACUCAAACGAAGAAGCUUUUGUAACAGCGGCAUACAACGCAAUGCCUGUAUGCCAAAACUCGACAAGAAAAACGCACAAAAGGUGGAUGAUGCUCGAAAAUAAACUUUACGAAAAGCUCGGAAACAGAAAUAUAGUUUAUGCGGUGCAGACAGACGAGUGGAUUGCAUUAAGCAAAGCAAUCUUUUCAACGUUUAGGACAUUGCCCGGGAAUGAAAUUGAUACUUCAGUGCAAGAGACAGUCACUAAAUGUUUGCAUAAAAUUGGCUUGAAAUACGCUAAAUUGCCAAACUCAUUGUUUGACACAAUGCAGAUGCAUUUUCCAUACAUGAAGGACCUAACACCUUCAUCCUUAGUGGUUCAUUUACAGGAACGAAAACAAUACAGAGAAAUGACCUGUGAGGACAAAAUACAAACUUUGGCCUAUUUGCUACUAGAGGAAGGGAAUUCGGUCAAUAUUAGACACUUAGAGCUUUUACCUUUGGCCUCUAACCAUUGGACUGUAUUUAAUAAAACAAAUGAUCCUGUGUACCUGUGUACAGAUAAAGCUGUGAAGAUGUUUCCGGGCUUAGAGGACAAACUUGUUAUGGAAUCAAGAAAGCUUGGAGCGCAACUGUCGGAGAAGAUUGAAAACAUUUGCAAAUCAGAAACAUACCAGAUACAAAGGCUGAACGUUGAGUGUGCAAAGACUCUGCUGAAGCAAACAAUACUUAACCACAUUGGAUCUGAUACGAAUGUUCAUUUGACCAAGGAUUCAAGCCUGGGGGGUCAAUGGUUAGAAAACGUUUGGCAUGUGCUUAUAGACAAAAAUAUGGUAAAGUAUUUCAAAGAUAUUCCUCUAGUUCCUAUAUUGAUUCAAGGAAACUGGAUUGAUCCACAUAUGAUAGAACUAGUGAGACUUUCAGAGUUCAUUAUUGUAAAGGAAGCAGAAGACUCUGUCCUUGCAGAUGGAUUAUGCAAUUGUCUACUUGCGAUGAAAGUAAAAGUAUUGCCAAACCUUCCAGAGUGGAUCCGUUUCGAAUCCAUCCAAGAAUUUGUCUAUCGACCGACAAAAGAAAGCAUUGCUUCCCUGUUAGGUGCAGUGUACAAAAAGACGGGAGGUAUUGCUGUAUCUGAGUUUAAUACAGUAAGCCAAGUUAACAGCCAAAUAAGGGAAGCGCUGAUCCAGUUUGCAUCUACCCUCGCUUACAUAGACAAAGAUGUAGUGAAAUUGCUCCGAAAGCUGCGAUUGUUUAGAGCCGUGCAUACCAUAGACGACAAUGGUCAAUAUACGCCUGUAGCCGAUGUACCUCGUUAUAUACAUGAGGAUAUAAGCUUCCCUCCAGGAGUUGAAUUGCCAUUCAGUUGCAUAAAGCUGAGCACUCAUCAAUAUAACUUAAUAAAACAUAUGGAAGCGGAGCAUAUUUCGACAGAAUCUCUAGUUCUGAGUUCCAUCCAAAACCUACUGUUGCAUAAAAAACAUGAUCAGAUCUCAAUUUUCAUGAAAUAUUUUAUGGAAAACUUCAAUUUAUUUGAAACCAAUACCGCAAUAUGUGACAGUGCUGCACAUUUACCUUUUUUAAAAGUAGGGACAGAACUUCACAAACCUUUGGAUCUUUUUGAUCCCUCCAGUUCAUCACUUAAAAAUUUACUAAUUGGAGAAUCGCUGUUUCCGAAAAACCCAUGUGAAUACAGCAACGACGAAAUUCGGGCGUUAAAAAGGCUCGGUAUCAAAGGAAAAGACAAGAUAGAUGCUUCUGUCAUGCUACAAGUUGCAAAUACACUAAGUAUUUGGUCCAAAGAUGAUCAAAAAUCCUAUGAUUUGACAAGGAAGGCUGUCGAAUUUCUGGAAAUUUUAGUUCACCAUCCUGACUUGUUAGACAAUUUUUGCAACGGAACAAUAACUCUGGGCAAUGCUUUAAUGUCAGUUUCCUGUAUCCCAUUCAUUCAGAAUUCGCCUAUAGAUUACCCUGAAGGUUUACCAUGGUUUUCAAAGAGAGUGAAAAUUUGUAAGCCAGAAGAAGCGAAAGUUGUAGAAUGGAGUCUUUUAGCGGGAGCUACGGUGCCAAUGGUUGACUGUGCUUCGGACAAAGUAGUUCAUAUGUUCAAGUGGAAUGUUGCUCCAAAGAUGGAUAUUGUAUUGCAACAGUUGACCUUUAUUUGUCAACAUUACAAUGUCCAAAACAAACCAGAUUAUAUGCGUGCAGCGCAGAGAAUAUACAAACACCUGAAUCAGUUUAGAAAUGAAGUUUCGAAAUUUCGGAAUACACUGGAAAAUAAUGCAGCGGUAUGGACUGGAUUUGGCUUUGAAUUACCCAGGAACGUCAUCGUUACAAAACGAGAACAAGAUUUGGAUCUGAAACCAUACUAUUGUAAUUUACCUGAGGAGAUCCGGGAUAUGAAUGAUUUGUUUCUGCAGUUAGGAUGUCAUCCUGAAGAAAACAGUGAUAUUUUAUUAAGUGUUUUGCAAACCAUUAAGAUAAAGUAUGAAUCUUUAACUGAAUCACCCGAUUCUUCUCUGUCGAGAGACUCAAAUAUAGUACUUGAAAUUUUGAAAGUACUUGCAUCAAGACGGAGAGAUGGAAGUCUUGAUAUUGAUGAUUCAAAACUGCUCAUGCUAGUAGAAAGCCAGUCGUCAGAGAAACUUUCGUUACAAUAUAUUUCAGACUGUAUUUUUGAUGAUGAUCAGGACGAACUUGAUGAAGAGGAACAAAAGGUAUAUUAUAUUGUCAAUGAAAUCGUACCAGUCUCAGUUGCUAGUGACCUUGGAAUAAAGUCUGUGAAGAGGAAAACAAUUUUAGAAGCGACUGAAGGUUUCAGCUUUGAAGAGUGGGGACAACAUGAGUCACUUACAACUAGAAUCAAUACGUUGUUAAGAGAUGGAUACAAAGAUGGUUUAUCCGUUCCAAAAGAGGUUGUUCAAAAUGCGGAUGAUGCAGGUGCAACAGUUGUAAAGUUUUUGUACGACGAAAGACAUAAUAAUGACGCGAAGAGGAAGGAAAAACUGUUUAGUUCAGAUCUAAGACAAUGCCAAGGACCCGCCCUGUGGGUGUAUAAUGAUUCUCAGUUUACAGAAAAGGACCUAGAGAAUAUCACAAAAUUAAACGGUGCGACAAAAGCUGAUUAUCAAGACAAGAUUGGGACAUUUGGACUGGGAUUUUGUUCUGUCUACAACCUUACGGACGUUCCUAGUUUCAUCUCAGGAAAAGACAUGGUCAUAUUCGACCCACACGAGACGUAUUUAGAGGAGGCAAGACAGACACGUGGAACAGGACUGCGGGUCAGAUUAUCGCAACGAAAUUUGAUACGACGGAAUUUUGACCAGUUCAAACCUUACAGUGCUGUUUUUGGCUGUAAUUUAUUGGAACCGAGUUUUACUGACUUCAGUGGUACUUUGUUUAGGCUGCCAUUGCGAACAGAAAAUCAAGCAGCAAAAAGCAAAAUAUGUGACGAGGCAUACACAAAAGAAGAAGUAUCGGCUCUCUUAAAUAAAUUUGUAGAAAAUGCCGGAAAUAUACUUCUAUUUACACAAAAUGUGAAGACCUUGCAGAUUUAUUACCUUUCGAAAGAUGAAACAGAUCCUUCUCGAGCAAAGCUUCUCUUCAACAUAAACAAAACAAUUAAUCAAAACUCGCACAAUGAAACUGCUAGAUAUACACAGAGCAUCUUGAAACGUAUACCUACUAUUCUAAAAAGUAGCAAGGACUUUUCAGAAAUCCAGCACGUUGAAAUAAGUCAAAAACAUUUUGAAAGCUCAUUUCUAAAAUCUACUUCUGAAGUGUCAAAUUCAGUAUCAGUCGAAACAAAGUGGAUUGUUUCUUGGGCUCUAGGGAAAAAUGAGUCUCUCAGGCUUUCAAAAAUGAUAGCGGAAAAGGGAGCUGUGCCACUUUCUGCUGUUGCCGUACCAAUGAGAGAUAAAGACGACACAAUACCUAUGAUGCUAGAUGAUGUUCCGAUUGGCUUUUACAACACAGGACAUUUGUUUUGUUUCCUACCGCUUCCGAUCACAACAAAGUUACCAGUACAUGUAAAUGGCUGUUUCAGUGUUACUUCAGAUAGGAGAGGCCUGUCGUGGUUUACAGAAGAUGACAAAAAGAAAGGGGAUAAUUAUAUGUGGAACCAGGCGUUAAUGGAAGAUUCCUUAAUUGAAAGUUAUGUAAGGCUUUUAAUGUUCCUGUCAGCAAGAUGUACUGACAGUUAUAGCUACCAUUCACUUUGGCCUUUAGAUGGAUCUGAUGAUGUUCAGGUAUUGAAAAGAAGCUUUUUCAAAACCCUCAUUUUGGAUAAACCAAAACUAUUUCGAGGAGGACAGGGCUGGCUUUCGGUGGAUGAAAUUGUCUAUUUAGACCCAUCUAUUGGUUGUAUGGAUAUUAUUGGAGAGAUUGCUUUUGCAUUUGUGUCGUCAGUGCCAAUCAGACAAGGGAAAAAUAUUAUAAAAUUACCACGCCGUGUCUUGUUAUCGUCGCAAGAUUGGAGAUGUGAGAGCAAGUCUAUAUUUAUAGACGCGAUGAUAAGAGAAGAGGAACUACUUAUUCAUUUCUUGAGCACAUUAGACUCUGUGUUUUGGCAACAUCAGUUAGACAAAAGGAACAAACUGAUAUUAUACGCGUUAAGAUCAAAAAGUAAUGUGAUAUUCAAAAAGUUGAAAGAAACCAAAUGUAUUCCUUCUGACCCAGACAAUGUUCUCUGCAGACCAAAUGAACUUAUUUGCCCUACAUCUGAGAUUGCUGAUAUGUUUAAUGUUGUUGAUGGAAAAUUCCCCUUACAAACAGAUAGCUUUUGUGAGAGCAAUGCGCUUAAUCUACUAAUUUCACUCGGUAUGAAUGAUAAGUAUCUUCCUAAAGACAUGUUAAUUGAAAGAUGCAAGUCAAUUGAGGAACUGCUUAAAGUAUGUGGAAGUUGUGCUCAAGAAAGAUGUGGCAGGUUUUUAAAAUACUGCGGAAAAUGGGAAGUGAUGCAAGAAUUAGAAAAAGAUACUAACACAUUGAAUGCGCUAAAACAUGCACUUCUGUUGCCUUCUUUACCAUCUCCAAAUAACUGGAAGUUUACAUGGCAAGCUGACUGUUUAGAAGAGCAUAGUUCAAACACAGAAUGUAGACAGCACCAUGAUCAUACUCGAGUUUCUGUCAGAUUUGAAAGACCAGCUAAAUUGUUUCGAGAAUCUUACUACCGCUGCAUUGGGAGUGUUUGCUGUUUCUUGGAUGAAAACUAUAUAAAAAAGAAAUAUCCUGUACCAGAACGCUUAUUUAUAGUUCUAGGUGUAAAAAGCCAGUUAACGGUAGAGCUACUUCUACAGCAACUAGCACUGAUGUCUAAUCAGUAUUCUAGUUCGGAGCAACAGUUUAGCAGUCUGGAGGCAAUCUCUAAAUCAGUAUAUAAAUGGCUUGGACAACUAAUUUGGGAUAAAUCUGAAAACGAAAUUUCACAAAUGCCCCAUUUUCUGACCUUAAAAGAUAAACCGGUGAUAUUAAUAGGAAAAGAACUUGUCAUACCGUGUAAAGUAGCAUUUACUGUGAAAGCAGAAUGUCCUCCAGAUUUGUACUGUCUCAGAGAAGUCGAUAAUAGGAGGAAAAAGGUGUUCAAAGCACUUGGAGUACAAGACCAAUUUUCUGUUGACUACCUGAUUUCUAUACUAAAACGAUUGUAUAGGACAUGGUUCCAACGUGUAUGCUUCGAUAUAGAUACGGUCACAUGUUUGCUGCUAAACCUGUGCGAGAGUAUGAAAGCAGAAAAUAUCCUUUACAAAGAUUUAAAAGACAAAGAAACGAGUAUUAUUGCCCCUGAUUCAGACGGAUUCCUUAGGCCAACAAGUGAACUGGUUAUAGAAGAUCCAGCUUACAAGUCAUCCGCUUCUUUACAUAUUUUGCAUGGAAAAAUCUCGCCGGAUACAGGUAGAACACUUGGUGUUAAGUCCAAAAAGCGAAAAAUAGUAGAAUUGUUUUCAAGCGGGUUCUUCAAGCCAUUUGGGCAAAACGAGAGUUUAGUCACAAGACUAACUGGCAUACUAGAAGACUAUCCAUGUGAUUCCAUUAUCAUGAAAGAAUUGAUUCAAAAUGCAGACGAUGCAGGUGCAACAGAAAUAUAUUUUAUUAAGAAUUAUGUAAACCAUUCUACAGAGAAGAUAUUUGGCAAUGAAGGAUUACAGGGUCCAUCAUUAUGUAUAUUUAACAAUAGCUAUUUCACUGAAGAAGACUUUAAUGGCAUCAGAAACCUUGGCAUAGGGAGUAAGCGUAUUGAUCCAUCAAAGACCGGUCAGUAUGGCAUUGGUUUCAACGCUGUUUACCAUUUGACUGACGUACCAUCUUUCCUUACUAAAGGCCCUGGACUCGGAAAAAGUGGUCAAAUUUGUAUCUUUGAUCCUUUGAUGACGUUUUUAGAAGGUUAUGUAACGAAGGAAAAUCCAGGUUUAAUAUGUGACGUUGACCUGAUGGAAGAAUCGUUUCCUGAUAUGUUACUGGGUUAUCCUGUUAUACCGAGCAUUGAGACUUCCGGACAGGGUACUAUUUUUCGAUUACCCUUGAGGCGGUCUAAGUCAGAUAUCAGUCACAACAUCUUUCCAUUUGAAAGAAUGGAUAGACGGAUUGAGGCUUUUAAGACGGAUAUGUAUGAUAGUCUACUGUUUUUGAAAAGCAUUAAAUGCAUAAAAGUUUUGAAUAAUAGAAAUGGACAUUUGGUUGAAGAGUUUGCUGUAGAAACAAAACUUUCAGAGGAAGAUGCUUUAACACGUAACGGAUAUUUUUCUUCGGUGAAAGAAGUACUAAAAGCUAACAUUGAUGUCAGACACAAGAACCUAUGCAUGCAACCAAUAGAAGCAUCAUAUAAAGUAAAUAUCGGCGACAACAAUGGCAGGCAUGAACGCUGGUUAAUCGUUAAUAGGUUUGGAAUUGAACACCUAGACGAAAAAUACUCCAGUAUCUUAUCGGCUCUUAAAGAAAAUACCAUUGGUCUCACACCAGUAGCAUCGGCAGCAGUACUUUGGCCUAAAGAGGACUGGAAGAAGAAUCAAGACAGAAAGACACAUGAAAAUCUAGAGAAUCAAGAUACAAGAAAAGCAUUCUGUUUCCUUCCUCUUCCAGUGAAAACAGGAUUACCACUUCACAUAAACGGUCACUUUGCUCUAGAUAAGGCCAGGACGAAGCUGUGGAAUGAAGGAAUCCGAAAGUCAUGGAACGACUUUGUUAUUGCAGAAUUAUUAAGUAGAGCAUGCAUUUCAGCUAUCCAGUAUAUGAAAAGAGAAUUCGUUUGCAAACACUUAACUGAAAUGUUAGACAGAAAAUUCAGGUCAGUAGCAUUCGAAAAAUAUCAUGAGCUAUUUCCACAAUGGGAGAAAGCAACUGACUCUUCCUGGAAAGCUCUUGUCAGUAAUUUAUAUAAAAUCAUUAUCGGAGAGAAUAUUGAGUUAUUUCCAACGAUUAAUGCAGAAACAGAACAAAAAAGAAGUGAUCAGCUUAUUGAUGACAUACAAGAGUUACAGCUGGAUUGGGUGUCGCUCUCCAAAUCAGAAAAUGACUUCAGUGGCACCUUUAAUGUCAUAUCGGAACAGGUAGAAUCGCAGUAUUCUAGGAAACCAUUUCAAACAGAAGAUGCACAGUCCGUUGAAAACACAGUCAAGAAGAUGGGCAUGAAAGUUAUUGAAACACCUUUGUGUGUAGGCAAUUCAAUAAGUCAGUCUGGCAUUGGUUAUAUUUCACAUUCCACACCAGAGUUGGUCAUAGCAUUUUUGAAAACUUUUUGCUAUAAAAAGGAGAGAAAGUGCCGGCUCGGGAGCAUGAACACUCUAUUGUCGGAAACAACGAUCGAAGAUCUGAACUCUUUGCAAAGUAUUUUAAGGUAUGUUAUGAAAGACAAAUCGUUCUACGACAAAGUUCAAGGUCUACCACUGUGCUUAACGAAUGAUGGUUGUCUACAUACUUUUGACAAAAGUAUACCAGUAUUUUGUUCGCACAUGUGCAAUGUGUUAACCGGCUCUUCGAAUUUGUUUGUACAUUCAAAAUUAGUUGCAUUGAUAAAUCAGACGGGGUAUUACAAGGCAGGAGUUGUAAAACGCCUAAGUGUAGACGAUUUUGUGCUUAUUGUCGGCAACACAUUUAGACCUGCAACGUUUGCAUCUGGGAAUCAAAUUGUUUGGGACAAACAGACUGGAGAUCCCUUUAAACCAGAAACUUUGUUUAGUGUAUUUAAUUUUAUAUACAAUGAAUCAGUGGAAACACCAAAAUCGAACCUCUUCCAGAGCACAUUGAAUCAUGACCUUUUUCAAACUAACGUUCGCAAAUUAAAUGAAUGGUCUUUGAUGCCAGCUUGUAUUGGCUGUGGUGUUCAAGCUAAAUAUGAACUUGUACCUAUUUGUCAAACAAGUCAUCUGUUUCAUAGGAGUAGCGGAAAUCGAACGGUUAGUACUGUAAUAGAAACAUUCAAUAUUCCGCAACUCGACACAUCAACGUUUUGCAAGCAUGGAACAUCUAUCACAUAUGCAUUGCAAAAAAUGUUGCCUUCUACCGAAUAUCCGGUGGGAUUACUUGAAUGUUUACAUUACUACAGAAACAGGGUUCAGGCUAGUUCAUUGACGUGCGAUGACGGUAUUACAGUAUUAAGCUAUUUUGAUGACAAGGUAGAUCAAAUGAAGAAUGAAAUGCAAGAAAAUAUUAUCAGAAAUAAAUUAAGAGAUCUCCCACUGUAUGUGUCUUAUCAAGGAGAUGUUAUAAGCAUAACACAAUUUAGGGACGUAAUCAUAUUGCCUGAUGGUAUACCAUCCGAUGGAAUCGAUGCCUGGGCACGCUUGACUGGCAUUCUGCUUCUCAGAGGUACUGACAAACUACGAAAUUUAUAUAAAUUUCUUCAGCUGUCGACAAUGACAGAACUAGAAGUGUAUUCCGACAAGAUUUUACCAAGCAUGCAGAACCUCCAAAGGAACACAUGGGACAUUCAUAUUAGAUACAUGAAAGAUUAUGUUUUAAGAACAUCCUUUAGUCGACAGCUUAAUGAAAAGCAACGUUGUCUUGUUGAGCAACUAAAAAGUUUGGCAUUUAUAAGGGUUGCUAAGAGAAAUAAAAAAGUGUGUGAUCUCUAUGAUCAUAGGCAUACUGUUUUCUCCUGUAUGCUUACCGAGGACUGUUUUCUCCCAAAGAAAUACAGGGUGAAUUCCUGGUUAAACUUUAUGGAAACAUUAGGACUUAUAAUGCAGCCUACCGAUGGAAUGAUUAUUGGCUUUGCACAACGUAUAGAGGAAACCAUACACGCACGCAUCAACAAAUUGACUGAGGUACAGUCUAAUGCUCUGACUGACUGUCUCUUUAGUAGCAGCUGGACUGAACAAACGUUGGAACGAAUAAGAACUAUACGAUUUAUUGUACCACAUAAAGUUGAAACGCAAAGAGCAAAAGUAGCAAGCCAGCCAGGAAAUGGAGAUCUAUUAAUCUGUUUUUCUGGAGCAGUGUCAUACUCACAUACCGAUCUAUGUUGGUCUGUUCUUAAUCUUCUUUCACGUGUUCCAACUUCAACAGAAAUGAUGAAACGUCUAGGCAUUCAUGAACAGCCGCCUAUUGGCAAGAUUGUUCAGCAUUGUCAAAACGUUGCUGAUAUUUUUAAACUACAGCUAGAAAAACGGAGUGUUUCCCCAAGCUUUGUUCAUUACCAAAUGAAUAAGCUUUAUAAGGUGUUUCUUAAAAAGUUCCAUGUGGUAAUGCAGCAGAAUUUCCAAGUUACUCCUAUUGUUUUCCACCCCGAAGACGAAAAGAUGUUGUCUUUCAAACAAGUUGUUAUUAGUCUGUCAGAUGAAGAAGAGAUAAGACCAUAUUUAUACAAACUCCCUAUCAUUUUUGGCCCAUAUGCGGAACUAUUUUACAAGCUUGGAUCACACAAAACACCGAUUUCUUCCGAUUAUUCAAUGGUCUUAAAUAAAAUCAAAGAACAGUUUGGAGAUGGACCAGUGCCUCCUAGUCAGCUAGUGUUUGUGAAGAGAGCUCUUGAAAACAUUGUUAAAAUUUCGGAAAAAGAACGCAAACUGUUCCCAGAUGUAAAGCAGUUGUUUCUCCCAGAUCGGAAUAAUGUUUUGGUUUCAUCAAAAUCCUUGACCGUUUCAAACAACGACGGUAUAGUUGAACAGCUGGAGGGGAAAAUACAUAUAAAUUUCUUCGUAGGAUUUAAGGAAAUGGAAAUAGAGUAUGUACGAGACCCAGUUUUGCCCUUCCUAAAGUGGCCAAAACACUUAAGACCAGAUAUCUUAAUGGAAGUUGUUACGAAACAAAUUUCGACUGAUGAUGUUGUCCAGGAAGAAUGCAUACAGGCACAACGAAUAGAACGCUCUUUACGAUCUCCCCAGUUUAUAGAAGGAAUUUUACGCUUAGUAAAACAUCAAAUGAAGCUCAAUAGAGAGACGUUUGAGCGUAGUCUUGAAAAUACUUUGAUGCUUCGCCUAAGUAAUGUACGAAUUACCAAAGUUACAGGGCUUAAAACAUUCUUAUCAUAUAAAGGAACGAAAGUUGAAGGUACAGAUGCAGAUGCUUCUUGCUUCAUUAAAUCUCAGAUAAAAAGUCUUGCAAAUGGUAAUGAAGUUAAACAGUAUGAACUAUAUUUUCAAAUAAGAUCUGAGGAAGAAGUGUUGCUUGAUUUGAUAGACGAAAAAGACGGGCUUAGGAAAAUGGUAGACUUAUGUACUGGCGGUUUUCUUGAAAAGGAUACGUCUCAGUAUUUAUCACCAAUUCUUCGCCUACUCGAGCAACCGUCAGAAAUUCGACGUAAACUUGAUCACAUACCAAUAGAUGCGUAUGACCUUCCUGCUGCCUGGAAUGUUUCAGUGUUUCCUAGGCCAGGGACGUAUGUAGAAGAAAAAUUCCAUCCUUUCUUGGAACAAAGUAUUUUGCCAUUUAAAAUUCACGAAUACAUGUACGUUGCGCUUAAAGUAGAAGACGCCGACGAUGUCGUAGAUCCAGUGUAUAUAUAUGCUCAUAUCAUUUGUGAAAAUAGCAGAGCUCAUGAUGACUCAAUUCUUAGGAUUUCAUAUAAUGUUGAUGUUGGACACAGUAAUGGAUUGAUAACUGUACCAUUAUAUCGCCUUUACCGAUUUAAACCCAAACAACCAGAGAAAGUAAAUGCUUUAGUCAUGUAUGACAUUGAACCAAUUGGGUCUAUUCCAAUUGAGGAAAACUUUCGUCGUGUUAGGCAAAUCCUGACGGAAGCCUGGACCAUGGACGAAACUGAGCGUAAAGAGGUGAGUUGCCGUUUGUUAACUGAGUGGAAUCCUGAUAGAAAAGGAGAUCACCGAGAAUAUGCUGGGCGAGUUUAUAACUACGUAAAUGAAGUAGUCAUAAAAUUAGAGCACAAAGAACAUAUUGAUGAUAUCAUUACAAAUGAAACAGGUAGAUUGCCACCAGAUAUGGCCCGUUCACCAUUUGGAUCGGCAAGCACCGCUGCUGUUUACAACAGAGGUUGUAAACUUGCUGCAGGUUUUCGUGAUAACAUGGAUGAGUACUACAGGUCAACAAGAACAGGAAACUUCGCUCACAGUAGAGCAGAAGAGGCAGUGGUACGUCAUGUUAGAGAAGCGAAACGAUGGCACCGGCAAGCAGUGAAUGAUUUUAAAGCUGCCGAGAGUAAUAUUAGUACCGGAGAGCAAGACCAAAGUUUUAACUGGGUGUGCUAUAAAUGCCAUCAGGCAUCAGAGAAGGCAUUGAAGGCAGCUUGGUUUGCAACAAAUGCAAACAAGGUGAACAGACAAGAACAUUCUCUAACAGCGAUUUCAGUGGGUCUGGAAGGCGGGUCUUUACGAAAUGAAGCUAGUAAUUUAGAAACUAUAACUGGAGAUUACUCUUGUAUGCGGUACCCAGAUGCUGUUGUUGGACGCCGUCAGAUACCUUCGGAAAUGUUCGAUCGUACAAAGGCCGAACAGGCAAUUGAAGUCACAAAGCGCAUACUGGACAUGGUUGCUGAUUUCAUCGACUAGAUUUGAAAAUAGGCCAGUGCUAAACUACUGAGUGCGAAUGCCGCAAUGCAACAUUCACGACAAUGACACGAUUAUAAGUUGCAUACCACACAGUUGUUAGAUAUCAUUUCACGUUUUGCUUCGCAUUCUUACAUAACUGUAUUUAUUUUAAUGCAAAUAGCUGUGGGUUUUCAUUUUGAUAUAUGGACAAAUAUGACCAUGUGUAAAUCGUCUUUUUUACAAUCUAUUGAGUUAAGUGUUAAGAGUGUUUGAUUACUUUGCAAAUGUUUUUGUCUAAUGAGACUGGCGAAAAUAACUGUUUAUAAAUACAUAACUCAUAAGUGUUAUGAAUUGUUGCAGGUAACUGAAGUUCAUAUAGAAACAUGGCAACAGUUUUAUAUUUGUAUGCAAGUCUGUUGAAAUGAAUAUUUGUCUGUUUUGUUUUCAUUUAUUUUGUUUGUAGAAAGAACUGUAUUUCAUUGUAGCUUUGAAUUAAGAAAUAAUGUAUAAAAUGUAUAUGCAUUAUAUUCAUACAAGGUUGUUUUCUCUGUGUUCCAUAACAUAUAUUUUUAGUCAUUCAUUGUGGCCACAUGGAAUGGAAUGGAAUGUGAACAGGUCGUGUCAGACAUAAGAUGAUUAUUGUGCACGUUUCCGGUACAAGAUCAAGUACAUUAUCUGUGUAAAGUUAUGUAUAUAAUAAUGUUUCUGAUUAUGAGUAAUGUUUUUGUUGUUUGUUGAAUUAUACCUAAAACAAAAUGUUUUGUGUCACUCUUGCAUCUCUGUAGUAAUGAUUGUAAUUUACGUUUACAGUUCAAUUACUGAUAUUUUGACUGGUAUAUUUAGUUAACAUAUUAUUUCAAUAAUUGUUUUAUAAGAUUAACAAAUAUAUUUUUACAAUUUCAAACCAGUAUCUAUUCGUUGUAUGUAAAUGAUUACUUUGUGUGUAAAUAUGAAAUGCCUUUUGCUCUUUGACAUGUGAAGAGAUUUGAGUUUUGUUAUUAACAUUUGCAACAUUUAGAGAUCCACUUUGUUUCUACAAAUUGGUCUGCAAAGUUCUGCCAAGCUGCUUAUGUAGCGAAACGCAAACAAUACGGUUUUAAAAUGUAAAUUAGUUUUGUUUUUAGUAUGCAAUGUUACAUAGUAUUAGCGGUAGUAUUUAGCCGUAACGGUUGUUCAUUGUACAGAUAUUUUACUGGCAUUGCUCAUUGCGGAAGUAUUUAGCCUUUGCAGACCUUAUUAGAAACAGUAUUCAGCCAUUGAUUUAUGCAUAAAUGUUUUGCAAAUAAUGCACCUUGUAUCUUACUUAAAACAUGCGUUUGUGCUAAUAUAUAUUCUUAUUACAUACCUAAACUAUUUUCCAUCGAGUUUCAAUGGACCGCGAUCGAGCAAUAUUUUUCCAUAUUGACGUGGAACGCUUUCAUAUCGGACGUGGAAUGUCUUAACGUUGUAAUGGACAGAAUCGCUCGACGUCCAUGGCGUCCACGCGCACGUUGCGACAACAAGUUGACGUCAUUUUCGCGGAAAAUAUUAAUGCGCGUCACUUUGAUUUUUUUAUUACUUUUUCGGAGAAAUUCUUUUCUUACUUUUCCUGUAUUUCGUUAUAGAACGAUAAUUUAGACAUAGAUUAAUUAUUUGAAAAUGGGUGUGUAAUAAAAAGGUAAUCAACUUUGUUUGUGGAUAUAUGCACUCGUUCUUUCGCGGAUAAUAUUGCGCUCCUAAAGUCGCGCAAUAUUACCGCUGCAGAACUGUAUAUUUGAUAUAUAUUUACUCGUACAUAACAGUGCACGUUGGUAACAUUUAUGAUUUAAGUAUAGAGGACAGUUCUUUAUAAAAUAAAAAAGCACCUUUAUAUUUAUACAAAUAUCCUUUAUACACACAACAUGUAUUUAAUGUAUUAAGUAACAUCUUUAUAUAACCACGUAACACUUUUAAAUAUGUUUGAGAUAUAAAUACAAGUUUUCUGUAUAUUAAAAACACCACUUUGUAUCAUGUAUGAAUACUUCUGUAAAAUGUAUAUUUAUGUGUAUAUUGUAAUAAUGUAGAAAAUAGUUAUUUGAACAUGAUCAGACUGUGUUUGUGAUGAAUAUUGUUUUGAGCAGCACAGUAAGUUACUAACUAAGAACGGAUUCACUGAAAAAAAUAGUGAAGAUAGUGUUUUGCAUGAUUAUGUAAAUAUUUUUAAUUAUUCAUAUUGUGAUGAUGUAUAAGGUUAUAUGUUAAAUUACUAUCAUGUAUAUGCCCAUGCAGCAUAUAUAUCUGAAGAAACAUAUCAAGGGAUAUACUUUAUAUUUUAAAGGCGAGCCCUUUAAUAUUUUGAACUUUUAAAUACUCUCUAAAGGUUGUGUCUUCAUUGAUGAAGAUGAUCCCUUUAGUAUAUUUACAUCGGUUAUAAUAUUUCAAGGGAUAUACUUCUAUUUAUGAAGGCGAGCCCUUUAUAUUAAUAGUCUGUCAUAUUUAAUUAACAUUGUAAGAGAUAGUAUUUUCGUACUGGUGAAGCCGAUCUCUUUAUUAUUUUAGCUGCGGUUAUAAUAUUUCAAGGGAUAUACUUUAUUCGCUGAUAAAGGCGUGCCCUUUAACUUUUAAAAUGUUAACAAUUAUCAAUUAAAGUUUUAAACAUUUUGAUUUUUGUUUCCUAUUUAUCACAAGGGAUACAUUUUACUGGUAAACAGCAAAAACAAACUCUUGAUUUGAUCAUUUAAUAUUUGUUAUUUUAUUUCAAAAAAUAUAUUUCAAUAUAGAUAUUAGACUUCUGCCAUUCUUUAUUAUUUCUUUUCAAUGGUUAUACGCGAACUC